CAAAAAGAAAACGAAAGGAAACAAAACAAAACGACGUCGUAGUUGUAUAUUAGCCUUGGCCCUUUGCCCUUCUCCCAAAAUCACCAUUUCCCUCUCACUCUCACUCUCCUUCUACAUACAUACAUCUGAAAGCAUUUUCAACAUACAUCUGAGAGAUCUUGCCCAAUUUCCAACAAUGGAGCACCCUAAAGUUCAAGAGAUUAUAGAGAAGCAAGUGCUGACGGUGGCGAAGGCCAUGGAGGACAAGCUAGACGAGGAGAUCUCGGCACUGGAUCGCCUUGACCUCGACGAUCUGGAGGUGCUCAGAGAAAGGAGGCUCCAGCAGAUGAAGAAGAUGGCCGAGAAGCGGAGCCGUUGGAUCUCCCUCGGCCACGGCGAGUACACCGAGAUCUUCUCCGAGAAGGACUUCUUCUCCACCGUCAAGGCCAGCGAUCGCGUUGUCUGCCACUUCUACCGCGAAAACUGGCCCUGCAAGGUUAUGGACAAGCACCUGAGUAUUCUGGCAAAGCAGCAUUUAGAGACACGUUUUGUGAAAAUCCAUGCUGAAAAAAGUCCAUUCUUGGCCGAGAAGCUCAAGAUCAUUGUUCUUCCAACCCUUGCCCUCAUAAAGAAUGCCAAAGUUGACGACUAUGUGGUGGGAUUUGAUCAGCUUGGGGGGACGGAUGAGUUCAGCACAGAGGAACUGGAGGAAAGGUUGGCUAAAUCCCAAGUUAUCUCUUUUGAGGGUGAAUCAUCUCUAAAUGCAUCUAGAUCUGGUUCACAAGCCAGGAGUGUCAGGCAAAGCACAAAGGCAGACUCAUCAGAUUCAGAGUAAGCCUUUGUUGCUGCAGAUUGUGAUCUAAUUUUGUCAUUUGGAUCACCACCCUUAUUUUAUCUUAAUAGAGAUGAAUAUUUGAUGGCUACCAUAAGGAGUGGCCUGGUGUUUUGGAGUUUUGUGUAAUCAAAAUUUUAGAUGUAACCCUACUGUAUGUAAAAUUCAUGCUAUCUUCUUGAAAUUAUCCUUUGGUAUUGGAGUGGUAUCAGUCCUUGUACUCAUGCAAUUUCGUAAUCUUUUGAAAAAGAUGUCUUCCUUAUUAGUGAAGUUUUGAAGUUA